AACGAUGUACGACGGUCCGUCAUUAUUGGUUACUUUUUACUGUACGCGAUAUCUCUACGUGUGUGAAAGGAAAAGUUUGUAAAACUUUUAACAUUAGUUAACGUCUAUUUCAUUGUUCAUCGAUAUUUCUGAAGUAACGAGCUAUUGCGGGACUGUACGUAACAAUUUUCAUCUGUCAGUAACGAUGUAUGUGACAUGAUCUUGCUAUUAAGAUUGUAUUUGGACGCCAGUAAAAAUAAUUAUUUCGUGAAUUAUUUAUUCGAGAUUUGCCUAUCGAACAUUUCAUUUAGAAAGUACCGUAUUUAUAUUCCGAUGAAGAUCGGUGGUUCGUUAAAAAGGUUAAGCAGGAUGAAUUGAUGCGAAGGACUGUUUGAAAUUAUUCUCUGUCUAUUGAUCUUUGUAUUAUAGUCUUGCAAAAUGCAUUUCAGUUGAAACACAAGAACGUACGACCGUUAGCUGAUGAUAAAUACGUAAAAAAGUUCUUUCAGUUAAAUCGGUAAGGAAAUCAUUUACUUCGAAUUAUUGACCCACCCUGUAUACCUGAGAGAUUAGUAUGCAGAUUUGUAUACUCGUAAUUGAAAAACACGCAUCGUAAACCUACGUCGCGUCGAAGCGUAUACGGUAUCACCGUCGCGUAUCGUUACGAACGGGUAACUGCCGAUUGGAUCGUAAGACUUCUGACUUAUUGUCUAUUAAUCUUUGAAAGAAAAAAACAAUUUAAAUGUUUACGAACCGAUUUCUAAGGGAUGAAAAUCAAAUUCGAAUUAAACCUCGUCUAUACUUGUAAAGAUCGUGUCGUAGCGACAACUCUUGUCGACUGCAAUUAUACGUAGUACCAGGGAGAAAAUUUUCUCUCCGUGCAUGCGUUUUACGACAACUUGGCACGUUUACAAACGACUAUCACGCCGAUAUGCAUACGCGUUCAAUGAUGAUACGCAAUGGACGGGUACGGGGAGGUUCGCGAAUGAUUCGAGUUUGAGCGUCCCGCCAUUUCGAAGAUAGUUAACGUUUUCGACUGGAGGCGUGGGUAUAUGUAAUCUUUAAUCGAGAUCGCGAUGUUCCCUUCUACGUGAUCUCGUCAGCUCGUAUCAGCUUAACGAGGGAUUCUGUACGUGUGUCGUUCAUGACUGUCAAUAAUAAAAGGAAUAGAGUAUCACGAGUCUGCUGUGUCGCGUUGAGAAACGUUCGUCGAACUGCUUUGCGAACGUGCGUAACGUGACAGAACCGUGUCCUCGUUUCGGUACUCGCGACAGUUCUAGCGUAUACACCGAGUGUCGAUUCGUCUGCUCCGUUGUUUCGGCUCAUUAAUGACACUCGAACUUUAAUACACGAUCAAGAAUAAUGGGUAUUGGCCUCAAACCGUUAGAGUUUACGGAUUGUUUAACCGAUAGUCCCUAUUUCCGAGAGAACCUUCAUUAUCAUGAGCGCGAAUUGCACAAGACCAGCCAACAGAUCAAACAGCUCGUUAAAGAGGUCCAAGUUCUCUUAGCAGCUGCCAAAAACUUGUCCAGAGCCCAGAGAGCAUUUUCAAAAACGUUGCAGAAUUUCAGUUUCGAAUGCAUUGGAGAGACGCAAACCGAAGACGAGACUCACAUAUCGCAAAGCCUUAAGGAAUUCGGUAAACUUAUCGCAUCUAUAGAGGAUGAGAGGGAUCGCAUGCUUGAACGUGCUCACGAUCAAAUUAUACUUCCGUUGGAAAACUUUAGGAAAGAACAUAUUGGAGGAGUCAAGGAGGGAAGGAAGAAAUUCGAGAAGCAAACUAUUAAAUUUUGUCAGAGCCAAGAACGCUACUUGAACCUGUCCACGAAGAAGCAGGACAAUGUUCUUCAAGAGGCGGAUGCCACGUUGGAAAUGGCCGAGAGACAUUUCUGCCAAGCUAGUCUAGAGUAUGUGUUUUUGCUUCAAGAAGUGCAGGAACGUAAGAAGUUCGAAUUCGUUGAAACGCUGCUGGGUUUUAUGUUCGGUUGGCUAACAUUUUAUCACCAGGGACAUGAAGUCGCGAAGGAUUUUAAGCCGUACAUGACCGAGCUACAGCUAAAAAUACAGAAGACUAGAGAAAAUUUCCUUGCUACCCGGGAUAAAACAGAAUCACUUAUGAAUAAAAUGAAGGAUAUGAGAAAGUCUGCUGUAGAGAGUGGAGUCAAUAAAGUAUACACCCGGGAAGGAUAUUUGUUUUUAAUGGAGAAAAAGGCGUUCGGCACGACAUGGACGAAACAGUAUUGCACAUAUCAGAAAGACACAAAAGAGUUUACGAUGAUACCGUACAAUCAACUGACAGGGAAGUUUAGCAAUAAAGAAGUUUUAAAAUUGGCAUCCUGUGUGCGUCGCAUGUCGGAUACGAUCGAAAAACGAUUUUGCUUCGACAUCACUACCGACAACAAGCCUAACGUGGUGUACACGUUCCAAGCGCUUUCCGAGGAGGACAGGAAACUAUGGUUAGACGCUAUGGACGGUAAAGAACCGAGUUAUCCUGUAGUAGGCGCGUCGACGAAAGCCGAAGAAACUGUUUUGGAUGAAACAGGGUUUAUGUUCGUGUCGAAGUGCAUCACGGCGCUCGAGGACAGAGGUCUCGAAGAACAGGGUCUGUACAGAGUGGUCGGCGUUGCGUCGAAAGUGAACAAGCUGUUAGCGAUGGGACUAGACAGAAGGAAAUUGGAGAAGCUCAACCUCGACGAUCGUUUCGAAUGGGAGAGUAAAACCAUCACUAGCGCGCUCAAAACGUAUUUAAGGACGUUAUCUGAACCGUUGAUGACCUUUCGAUAUUAUAAUAGUUUCAUUUCAGCUGCGAAGCAAGAAGUGAAGGAAGCACGUGUAUGCGACGUUCACAAUCUCGUUUACCGAUUACCGAAAGCUAACUUUAACAUGCUGGUUCUUCUGAUCAGACACCUUUGCAGCGUGGCGAAGAAGAGCGAUAAAAAUUUAAUGACCGUCGGGAAUUUAGCCGUGUGCUUCGGUCCGUCGUUGUUGCGGCCGGAAGAAGAGACCGUGGCUUCGAUAAUGGACAUCAAGUUUUACAACAUCGUAGUAGAAAUUUUAAUCGAGAAUUGCGAGAGGAUAAUCGCCGGUCCACCGCAGGAGAUCGCUGUCGUACGUCCGACGCAGAAUGCCAUACCCCCUAGAGCGCAACGUCUCAACGCGGAAGAUGGAUCGGCGUCUUCCGGCAACGGCGCUCCAUCGUUCCUAAGAUAUCCAGUACACACUAACGUCUCCUCGCCACAUGGUCACCUCGUUACGAGAUCGUACUACGACGUCCCGUUGACGGUCGUCACCAAGUCCUCGAUCGACGACCGGAAGAACGGAGAUUACGACGAAACGGAACACACUGGUCACAAGAUGCCGACGUAUUUGGACGGUCGAAGUGCACGUGUUAAAUUGACUAACGCGAAUCUCAUGUACCAUUCCGCAGACAAGGUGUUGACCAGUGGCAAUACGAGCAGUUCGAGCGAGUCGAUUACGUCCGAUCCGCAUUCGUUCUCGUCCGACCUGCCAGUGAAACAGAAGCGUGGCUGUAUGUCGGUGCACCAUCCGUCGGGCUACGCUCAACGAACCAAUCUGUCGAUCAAUACGUCGCCCAUCAGCGGACGUUCGAGUCCCGGACAACCCGGUCUCUGGCGAGUCCGCACUUUGUAUGCUUGCGUGGCUGAAAGCGACGGAGAAUUAUCGUUUGAACCAAAUCAAAUCAUCACGAAUGUGAAGGCCUCCAUGGAACCCGGAUGGUUAGAGGGCACGUUGAACGGUAAAACAGGUUUGGUCCCAAAGAAUUACGUUGAACAAUUGCCUUGAAUUUGGAAAGCCAAAGAGUGCCUAAAUUGCUUUUACAUUCCACGAACUGUAUAAGUUCAUCGUCGGUUUCCUUUUUCUUUCUCAAGUAUUUCUGCCAAUCGCGAAGAUGCGAGCGCUACAAUGAACACACACGUGAAACGCGUGGAACACGAGGUUUUUCUAUUUACAUUCCUUUGGGUACAAUUUACAUAGUCAAUUACAUUCUAUACAUAUUAUAAAUAUUCGUACAUAAUAUAUAUAUAUAUAUAUAUAUAUAUACACACACAUACAAGUUUUAUUUAUUAGGAGCCUUUUUGCUCGAAAGAACGUCUAUAGUGUAUAUAAUCGAUUGUAGAAAAAUUUCUAUCAUAUACUUACGUACACGUAUACAUACACAGCGCUAAUAUAUUACUAUGAUAUUUAAGUAUAUUUGUAUUAAAUGGUAUUGCUCCGGUAUGCAGCUUGUAGGAGAUCUCGUAGGCAAUAAUGUUCGUUCGUACUCGCGCGUGCACACGUGUACACGAUCGCAUAUAACAUCGGAAUGUGAUAAAAUAAAUAAAUACCAAAUAUAAUCGGAA